AACCAAAUCAUAGUCUCUCAGCACUGCUGUUGUUUUGAUUCUUAAUUAGCCAACGUUAUUACUAAAGGACUCAGAGUUGCUUGUUUUUCACUGUAUCACGUGUAUUUGUAUUUUUCCUACUAAUGCAUGUGAAUAAAACAUUUUAGGAGCUUAGGCCAUAAUUUUGGGGCUUAUGGAGGCUUAACGAAGACCCCCCCAGCUCCACCUCCACCCCGUCACCACCCUCCUUCUCCUUCUCGGGGCUCAGUCCACUCAGCUGACUCGGCUUUGCUCAGCGCUGGGAAUGAGUUUCUAAUACUCCGUUAUAAACGUUCACACAACAAACAAAUCACAGGAAACACAGCUGGAUGCUGCUCAUGGCAGGGUUGACACACAGCGAGGUGCAGAAUCAACCAUGGAUAACUGGAAUUUCUUGUGCGUGAAUUACUUUGUUUUUAAUUGACAUUUUUGUCUGGAUUAUGCGGAUCCUAUGUGGAAUGCAGGACAUUUGAAGGCCCCACUAUUGUUCAGGGUAAACUUGGAUCGCAAAGUGGACAAUGUUAAGAAACCCCAGAACAUCUUUAACGCUCGCUCAAAGACAAAGGUUUCUCUCACAAUGUCAUCCUGGAUUUAUUCAUCACAGUAACAGGCUCUUUGAGAUGAGCAGCUCUGACUAGAUUUACAGUCAGAAAAAGCGGAACACUGAUCAGAAUGACUGACCUCAGACAAGUUUCUGUGUAUUCAGACUCAGGCAUUUAUAAGAAUGUGUUCUGUAAUCCUGCGUUCGAGCUGGAGGGGGAGAGGGACAAGUGUGUGGAAGGACUCAGUACGUCAUCGUCCACUCCCGAACCAGUCAAACCAGCAGCAGCUGGCCUGAGCUGGGGUCUGCUCGGCCUGUUUGUGAUGCGUCUGCGGGGUCCAGGUUGUGGCUGGGGGGUGCUCCUGGUCUCCGCCGCUGCUCUGCUCCUGGUAGCGGCCCUUGGACUGGCGCUGGCCCUCAUCCUCACACAGAUAAAUGGGCAGGAGGUGGAGGCGCAGUUGCUUUCCACCAGUCCACCGCAUCUAGUGAGCGCAGGACAUGGACAGACUCACCCUUCGCCCACAGCGUCCUCCAAUAGGAGCCAGCGGUACAGUACAACCAGCCCACCGCCCACUAGGAGCCCCUCACCUGAAACACGCUGCGGAGGCGUUUUGACAGACCCCGAGGGCAGCUUCAGUUCGCCGAACUACCCUGGCUCGUAUCCCCCCAACUCCCUGUGCGUGUGGGUGAUCCGGGCCCCAGCCCCCUACUCGGUGCAGAUACGCGUCUCCACUAUGAACGUGGAGGGGCCCGUUCCCUGCCUGUUUGACUGGCUGGAGGUGCAGGAGCAGCGAGAGCAGAGUUCCGUGGUCACCAGGUUCUGUGGUAAUGUAGCUCCACCGACAGUCAACACAAACAGCAGCACGGUGUGGGUGACCUUCCGCUCUGACGGCAGCAUCGCAGGCAACGGCUUCAGCGCUCAGUACAGGGUCCUGCUGCCUGAACACAAAAGCUGCUCAAGAGAGGAGUUCAUGUGCGACGGCGGCCGCUGUCUGCUGCCCGUGUCCCUGUGCGACGGUCAGCCCAACUGCCGAGACCGAACGGACGAAGCAAACUGCAGCCUCAAACACAAGGAUUGUGGUGGGGAGAAAACUGGUCCGUACGGAUACCUGGCCAGUCCAAACCAUCCUGAGCCUUAUUCUCACCUGCAGAUGUGUAUAUGGAAUAUAUCUGUGGAGGAGGGUCAUGUCAUCACCCUGAGCUUCAAGAACUUCAGCCUGGAGACUCAGGAGGUGUGUGAGUUUGACUAUGUGGAGGUGCAUGACAGCGUGGACACAGGAGCUGGGAAGGUCCUGGGCAGGUUUUGUGGUGCCACUGCACCGCCGGACCUGAUCUCCUCCGGCCCCCACAUGACUGUUGUGUUUGUGGCUGAUGAUGGAGUGGCUGACAGUGGCUUUAACGCAUCAUACCAGGCAGUGUCCAUAUCAGACAGGACAUGUGGUCCCAGAGAGUUUUCCUGCAGUACAGGGCAAUGCCUUCAGCCUCAGUGGUUGUGUGAUGGAUGGAACGACUGCCCCGAUGGAGCAGACGAACGGAGCUGUAGCAACACCACCUUUCCUUCUUUCACUUCAACAUGUGAGACCAUAGAGGUAGAGAUGUGUCAAGGUCUCAGCUAUAAUCUAACAUCAUUUCCAAACAUCUGGCUGUCAAUUGCUGAUCAGAGAGAAGCUGCCACGCUGCUGAGACAGUACCGGGUACUGAUGGAGCUGGCCUGCUUUGAACCGCUGCAGAAGCUGGUGUGUGGGAUGUUUCUACCCCAGUGUAGUCCUCUCGGUGGCGUCCUCCAGCCCUGUCGCUCGGUCUGCUCCUCAGCCGAGCAGCAGUGCAGCCAAGCUCUGGACCACUUCUCCUUCAGCUGGCCCUUCAACUGCCACCUGCUGCCUGACUCACAGGACCCAGUGGAGUGUUCCCUGCCUUGAAGCCUCAAGAGAUUCAAGUUACAAAUAUGUUCUUAACAAACUGCACAGCACCCGUUAGUGAAACAGAUUGUUGCUCUCAUUGCAAAGUACUUUGGACAUAGUUGCAGAAGUGUUUGAGGGCUGGAAGCCUGUGUAAAACUGGGCUACCAGAACUCCUUACUCCUACUUUUUCACACUAUUUAUUGCUUUGAUGUCAGUCUUGUUAAGUAGUAAAAAAGAAAAACGAUCAAUACAAAAACAAUAUAUUUAAAAUCAACAUUUAUUGCAUUGUUCUCAUCAUUAUGUGCUUCAGUGUUUAAAACAGUUCAGAGUUAAUCUGGUGAAACGUCAGUUCCAAAAACUGGAAUCCAUGAACUCAUGGCUCUGCUCAUCAAAUACAGACCAUGAGAAAGACACUACAUCAGUGACUCAUUGAUCUCACUUAAGUUAAGCAAACUGCUCCAAAGGAACUGGGGAUUUGUAAGCUUCAUUAUCUACUGUGUGAACAGUAUUCAAGUAACAAUCAUAUACCAACACUGAUUAUUGUUGUCUUUACACUGCAUUAAUUUACUGCUUAAACAUAAAAACCUGCUAAUUGAAGUUA